AUGAUAACUGACACAUCAUUAAUAUCAUCUGGGUUAUUUAUUUCAGAUGAGCUUGCUGUGAUUUACCAACAUGAUCUCAAAUCUAACCUGAAGAAGAAGUGUCAGUGCUUAUUUGAGGGUAUCGCUAAACAAGGGAACCCAACACUUCUCAAUAAGAUCUACACAGAGCUCUACAUCACAGAGGGUGGAAGUGGAGGAGUCAAUAAUGAACAUGAGGUGAGACAGAUUGAGACAACAACCAGGAAACAAACAAGACCGGAGACAGCAAUCAAAUGUAAUGACCUCUUCAAACCCAUUCCUGGACAAGACAAACCUAUCAGAACUGUGUUGACAAAGGGAGUUGCUGGAAUUGGAAAAACUGUCUCUGUGCAGAAGUUCAUUCUGGACUGGGCUGAAGGAAAAGCCAAUCAGGAUGUCCAAUUUGUAUUUCCCCUCUCUUUUAGGGAGUUUAAUUUAAUGAAAAGUGAUGAACUCAGUUUGAUUCAACUCAUCAAUCAUUUCUCAGUUGAAACCAAUAAAGCAAGAAUCUCUAACUACAACAAAUACAAAGUUCUGUUCAUCUUUGAUGGUCUGGAUGAGUGCCGACUGCCCCUUGACUUCCAGAACAACAAGAGCUGCUGUGAUGUGACAGAGUCAACCUCAGUGGAUGUGCUGCUGACAAACCUCAUCAAGAGAAAUCUGCUUCCCUCUGCUCUCCUCUGGAUAACUACCAGACCUGCAGCAGCCAAUCAGAUACCUUCAGGGUGUGUUGACCUGGUGACAGAGGUGAGAGGGUUUAAUGACCCACAGAAAGACGAGUACUUCAGGAAGAGAUUCAGUGAUGAGGACCUGGCCAACAGAAUCAUCUCACACAUAAAGACAUCAAGGAGCCUCCACAUCAUGUGUCACAUACCAGUCUUCUGUUGGAUCGUUGCUACAAUCCUUGAGUUCCUGUUGACUACAGAUGAUAAAGUAGAGCUGCCCAAGACCCUAACAGACAUGUACUCACACUUCCUUGUGUUUCAGUCCACACACAGGAAUGUAAAGUAUGAUGGGAAAAAAGAGACAGAUCGACACUGGAAUAAAAAGAUGUCUUCUGGAGCAUCUGACUGUGUGAGGAACUUAGGACCGGAGAACCAGUUGGUGAGCUCCAUGAGUUCAACAGCCAGCACUGAGUCACACGUCUCCAGCUGUGGGAAAGUGUGA